AUGACAAAGCAAAAAUUGAAACUUUCGUUUGAAAUUUUCUAUGACAAGGUGUACCUCUUUACUUGUCCAAGUCAAAGUGAAUAUGACGACUGGAUGAGCACUCUUCCAGUUUUAAUGAAAGUGUACGGAACAUAUAAAUAUCCACUUGCAUGUGCAGUGAGCAAAUCGGGUUGGCGAUUUCCUCUUCCUGUGUAUCGUUCCAUUGAGUACUUAACUACAACACAAGGAUAUUUGUCCAAUGGUAUCUUUCGAAUGUGUGCGUCGUACAAAGACACGGGGCGAGUGCGCCAAAUAUUUGAUGGGGAUCAAGACAUUCAAAUUGCGGAGUUUAAACUCGCAGAUGUCGCAUCUUCUAUUAUCAAAGAGUAUUUACGCGAGCUUCCCAACCCCCUUAUUCCAUUCAACUGUUACACUUCUUUUAUUCAAAUCGGAAAAUUGGAAGGUGAAAAUCGUCAAAAUGAAAUGAAAAAACUGAUUGAAAGUCUUCCUCCAGUCAAUCAAAAUACGUUAUGGUACUUAAUGCAAUUUGUCCAUUUGGUAGCACAACAUACAGAAGAAAACCAAAUGAAUUCAAUUAACCUCGGGACAUGUCUGGGACCAACUAUAUGCAGAGCACCUCCACAAGAAUCCGCUAAAGAAAUAGAAAACACUAAAUUAGUGAUCGACUCAUUCACUAUAUUGGUCGACUGCUAUGACUUUGUCUUCAAUGAAGUCAUUAAAACGAAUCAAGAACUCGGCCUCGACCCUCCUAAAUACCCCGCCGUUAUCCCACACCCUCCAGUCCCGUAUGAAAAAAUUACAGAGGAAAUCCACAAGGAAGCCCUUGAACGACAAAAACGUAUUGAGGCGGGUAGACCCCGUCGACUCGU